AUGGCCAAGUUUGCGUUUCUCCUUUUCCUUACUUUACUGGCUACCUCCGCUCUCGGUCAAUCUCCUUCUCAGCCACCGGCUCACUCUCCCGGCGCCACCCCCAGGAACUCUCCGACGCCACCUUCAUCCCCUAAAGCCACUCCUCCCACCUCCAAAGCUGCACCUCCUACCGCCACCGCCACCGUACCCGCUCCCUCUCCCGUAUCUCACUCUACUCCUCCUCCUCAGAUAUCGUCUCCACCUUCCCCAACUCCUUCCUCAGCCCCAACCACCGCCUCUCCGGUUGCUUCUCCCACCGAAUCUCCUCCGGCUCCUGCCGUUCCCACCGGCUCUCCCACUCUCUCCCCUGUUUCCGGACCCGCCGCCAGCGAAGGUCCAGCGGAGUCUCCCUCUUCUCCACCGGCUAAUAGCGGCGCCGCCUUCCUCAGAGUCGCCGUCGGUGGAUCUGUAGCCGCCGUCGCCGCCGUGGCGUUGCUGAUGUAG